AAUUUAUAGAGGGCGUUAGGAAGAAUAUUUUCGUAAAAAUGGCCUCUGCUGGUAGCGGUGAAGUUAUUGAUAUUAAUAUGCUGAAUAUACAGCAAGUUGAAAGUAUUUUGCAAUCACUAAAUAAUGAAGUUGACUUUUUCACCUCUUCCAUGGUAAAAUUGAAGGAAGCUUAUGAUAAAUUGAAUUCAUCUCUAGGUAACGUAGAAAGAUUGAAGACUAUGAAAGGGGGAAUGGAAAUGUUGGUUCCAGUUACGUCAGCCAUGUAUGUGGAUGGUGAAAUAGCCGAUACCAAAAAAGUCAUUGUAGAACUAGGAACUGGUUACUUUGUUGAAAAAUCUAUACCGGAAGCUGAAAAAUUUUUUAAGAGAAAAUUGGAUUUCCUAAAAAAAGAGAUCGAGAAAAUCGAUGUCGUUAGAAAUCAAAAGUUGGAACAAAAGCAAAUAACUACGAAUGUUUUUAAAAAGAAAUUGAUUGAACACCAAUCUCAGAUGGCUGCAGCCAAAUCAUAG